UUGCUUUCAUGGGUUUGCGAGGGAGGCUUGGCCUAUUUGAUCCAAAGCCCCGUGGAGAGAGGUGAGGGAGGCGCCGCUUGAAGAGACAGCAAAAGCAUCCCAGGAGAGGGUGUGUAAAGGAAUCUGUCCUUCCUGAAAGGAGAAAAUGACCAAGUUCCAGGAACCAGUAGCAUUCACGGAUGCCUCUGUGGACUUCACCAAGAAAGACUGGGGUUGCUGGACUCUGUUCAGAGGAAGCUGCACGGAGCUGUGAUUCUGGAGAACUACGGCCCCUUGGUCUCAGUGAAGUCUUUUGUUCGCAGCAUGAUACUGGAGGGUGCCACCCUCAGCUGACGCUCCGUCCUUUUUUGGUGCAUCUGUAUUCAGCUUACAGGGGACAUCUCUGCUGACUGGGCUUGGGAUCAAUCUAAUAAGAACCCAGCUGGAGACUUGAAUGAAAAUUUUGUGGAAAAUGAAGAUAAAGUACUUAUGUUAUCUGUUACCUCAAGAGCUUUCCUGCUGGCAAAAUUUUGGACCAGGUGGCUUAGUACAGUAAGGAGGAGUCAGAAUUAAAUUGUGAAUAUUCAGAGGGAGGUGUAAGUAACCCUGAACUGGAUCUUUCUACUUGUCAGAAGUGGAGAAAAGUCUCUUCUCAUAUUUCCAGGAACCACAAGCAGUGUGGUGACUCUUCAGAGUGAUGAUUUAAAAAAACAUGGAAAGUGAAGAAUAUUCAUCUUUGAAAGUCCCAAUCCAAAUGGCCACCCAGUACUCCUCAUUCUGUAAGAAUGAGCCCCAGGAUCCUCAGGAAAGCAAAAGUCUGUUUGUAACUGAAGAAAGCACUGAGAGGAAACUGACAGAGGGAAAAAGUCCUCCCAUUGAGCAUUGUUCAGAGAACCUUCAAGAUAAACUUGUGGCUGAUGUAAAAGAAGUGGUCUUGCCAUUGUUCAAAGGGGAGACAAUCUGCCAUAUUGGCCAGUUGAAAGAAUCCUUGGAGCCCUUUGACUAUAACCACAAAGACGUUUGCGGUUGGAAAUCCCGGGUGGCCAGUCAUCGUUAUCAGAGAGCUCAUACAGAGGAGAAGUCCUGUAGCCAUCAAGACUGUGGGAAAACAUGUACCACCAGCCCAGGUGGUCACCCUGGUGAGAAAAUCCGCCUUUCAGAGAAAGUGUACAGAUGUAGUCAGUGUGGUAGGGACUUCACUGAGCGCUCAGAGCUAGUCCUUCAUCAGAGGGACCACACUGAAGAAAAGCCCUACAGAUGUGAUCAGUGCGGGAAGGGCUUCACAAGGAGCUCGAGUCUCCUCAUCCACCGUGAAGUCCACGCAGAUGAGAAGCCCUAUAAGUGCGAUAAGUGUGGGAAGGGCUUCACCAGGAGUUCAAGUCUGCUCAUUCAUCACUCAGUCCACACAGGUGAGAAGCCUUAUAAAUGCGACAAGUGCGGGAAGGGCUUUACUCAGAGCUCCAAACUGCAUAUCCACCAGCGAGUGCACACCGGCGAGAAGCCCUACGAGUGUGGGGAGUGCGGUAUGAGCUUCAGUCAGCGCUCCAACCUGCACAUCCACCAGCGCAUCCACACAGGGGAGAGGCCCUACAAGUGUGGGGAGUGCGGAAAGGGCUUCAGUCAGAGUUCAAACCUUCACAUCCACCGCUGUUCACACACGGGGGAGAAGCCUUACCAGUGCUACGAGUGCGGGAAGGGCUUCAGCCAGAGCUCAGACCUCCGCAUCCACCUGCGAGUCCACACUGGGGAGAAGCCCUAUCACUGCGGCAAAUGUGGGAAGGGCUUCAGCCAGAGCUCCAAACUCCUAAUCCACCAGAGAGUCCACACUGGAGAGAAGCCCUACGAGUGCAACAAAUGUGGGAAGGGCUUCAGCCAGAGCUCCAACCUCCACAUCCACCAGCGGGUCCACAGGAAAGAUCCCCAUUAAAUGAGGUCUUCAAUCACAUGCUCUUACUUCAAAGACUUCAGUAUUUCUAACAUCACUCUUACUUUCACAUUCUCAGGAUAUAGUAAGAGUUAUUCAGAUAUGUCCCCUCACUGAAAGUCAUUCACUUAAGGUAUUUAAGUACCAAGCACUUUGUUAUGCUACACAGUGAAUUGAUUAUUCUUGUUGCUCAGAUGGGUAGAGUGAAAACGUCUGUACUUUGCCAUUCAGCCAGUGUUACUAGAGCUACAUAUCCUACCCAGCAUUUCUAAGUGCAAGAACCUUCUAUUUGUCUAAGCAGAACGUGUUUCCUUUGUUCACACUCUCUGAGAAUCUGGAACUUUGGCUUUCUCCUCAAAUCGUGUGCCUUGUGUUUUUCAUAUUUCCUUCCAGCCCUGAGUAGCCCUCUUUAAAUUAUGAUUGCACAGUAUGUUUUAAUAUUUGCUGUAACCCCCAAAAGUCAUUUGCUUUUGCAGCAUUGUUACUGAGCCAGACUUGGGUCUUCUUCACCAAGCAGAGUAAAGCCAAUCUGUUGACACUGGCUUGUAAAGAAAGGGCACCAUUUAUUGCAGGGCACCAAAGGAGUCCAAGCAGCUAGUGCUCUUCAGACCCAAACUGAUGGCUUUCAGGGAAACAUAAGGUGAGGAACAGGGGACUGUGGGGUGCAUGAUCAGCUCAUGGACAUUCUUCUCAUUGGCUGAUGGUGAGGCAAUUAGGAGUCAACAUCAUCAACCUUCUGUUUCUAACCUGUGUGGGAUCUGCUUGCUUGUGGGCAGCAAACAAUUAACCUCUUACAUCUGGUGGCAGUUUCAGUAUCUGCAAAACAGCUCAAAGGACAUGGCUCAGAAUAUUAUCUGUGUUCUGGAGGAAUUACAGGUCCUUGCUUCACUUAAUAGCUAAACUAUUAUUGUUUUGUUUUGCUUGACUUUUCCCCUUUCUUUCUGCAUUUUCUCUCUUCUCUGAUUAAAUUUACACUUUGGAACUUG